UGCGACUCGGUGAAUAGCGAGCAGUCGUAGUUAAAAGCUGUCACCAAAUUAGUUACUGGAGAAGAUGGCUGGCUAAAUACAUUACCUUUCCCUCUAUAUUACUCCCCAGUGGUACCGUUUCUCUGAAUUCCGCAUAGAUAUUCUCUGGACAACAUUUCUGGAUCAUAUGGUACACACUCAAGAGGAUCCAUGUCUUUUCUUCGUUGGGUGUCAGAAAAAUUAAGUGUGGAGAGUCUUCGGGAUUUGGAGUUAUUUGGAGAGCAAGCUCAGGGACUCUCUCACAGGAAAGUCCAUGAGGACAGUCAGGAGAGUCUGAACUCCCUCCCUCGUCAGGACACCAUGGGCAGCUUUGUCCCUGACAGCAGCUCUUACGAGCUCCAUACAGUUAUAGGUCGGGGCUUGGAUGACUUGAUGACUGUGAACCUUGCACGAUACAAACCCACAGGGGAGCACGUGGCCAUUCGAAGAAUUGACCUGGAGUCGUGCACUAACGACAUGGUCACUUACCUGCAGGGUGAACUUCAUGUGUCAAAGUUAUUCCACCAUUCCAGUAUUCUACCCUAUAAGAGUGUCUUUAUAGCUGAAAAUGAACUGUGGGUCAUCACUCCCUUCAUGGCCUAUGGGUCAGCCAGAGAUUUGAUCUGUACACAUUUCACUGAUGGAAUGAGUGAGCUGACCAUUGCAUACAUUUUACUGGGCAUGCUUAAGGCUCUGGAGUACAUCCACCACAUGGGAUAUGUGCAUCGGAGUGUGAAGGCCAGUCAUGUGUUGAUCUCAGCAGACGGACAGGUGUGCAUGUCAGGUCUGCGCAGCAUCUUCAGUCUGAUUCGCCACGGGCAGAGGGCCAAAUUUGUGCAUGAUUUUCCUCAGUACAGCAUCAAGGUGUUGCCUUGGCUCAGCCCUGAAGUUUUACAACAGAACCUGCAGGGCUACGACUCCCGUUCUGACAUCUACAGUCUGGGAAUUACAGCCUGUGAACUGGCUAAUGGACAUGUCCCUUUCAAAGACAUGCCAGCCACACAGAUGCUGCUGGAGAAACUAAACGGAACAGUACCGUGUUUGCUGGACACCACCACGAUUCCACCUGAGGAGCUGUCCAUGAAACCAUCCCGCUCCGGAGCCGACUCUGGGAUCUGCGAGGGCCCUGCAGCGGGAGUGGCAAAACAUUCCAAUGGAGACCAUUCCACUGCAUCAGCAGGACACCCUUAUAAUCGAACCUUUUCCCCUCACUUUCAUGCUCUUGUGGAGUUGUGUCUACAGCGAGACCCUGAGAGAAGACCCUCCGCGGCCGCUCUAAUUGGCCACCCAUUCUUUAAACAGAUUAAACGUCGAGCCUCAGAGGCGCUCCCUGAGCUGCUGCGCCCCGUUUCCCCCAUCACCAGCUUUGCUGGCUCACAGCCACAGGACUCUCCUUCUGGAGUGGCCAGUCUGGAGUCAGGUCUCAGCCACCUGGACGUGGACGACUGGGACUUCUGACAGUGGAGGACUUGGUGGGAAGAGUCUUGUACACUGAUGGCAAAAGACAAACCUCAAAACAGAACAAACAUUUUUGUAAUGUCACUUUGUAAAUAAUCCAAAUCUAAACUUUGAGUGAUUUGCUGCACCCGAAGGUUAAAGCCAGCAGCUGUCUCGCCUCUUUUUCGUGUUUCCUGCACGCUUUUGUUCUUUGGACAUGCACAGACUGCUGCACUUCACUGAUUGCCUCUCUCUUAAAAACACACACAACUGUUUACAGAUUGUACUGAGCUACAGCUGGACCAUCUGGAAUCCUAACCCAUACCCAGUUCCCUCCUGUGGUUGCCGAGAUGUCAUGGAAGGUUUUAUGGACGUUCAUUCAACCUAAACCCAAAGAUUCUCGUGAAACAGAUCCUACUGAAUAUUCUGAGAGGACGCUCUACCUCUUGUUUGAUUAUGGCUGCAUUUUGUAUCCAUUGCUCAGUAAGACCGCCAUAAGGAUGCACACUAGUCCUUACAGCUGACUCAGCCCAGUACAUCAGAUGGAAAGUGGUGACAUUGUCUUAAAGGUUGGCUAAAGGAUCAGCAUGUGUAUGUAUGUAUUUCUCUGCUCUCAGUCUUGGUGGUUUUCUUAACACAUCAUCUUUAUGGCACAAAGUUCCAAACCUCUGGGCCAACAUUCGGAGCACACGUAUUUCCUGCAACUGUAUCCGAGCGUGAUGUUACUUUUGUGGAACAUUUAAUGUUACAUUGGUGCUUGUUUUGUUUGCAUGUUUUUGAAAGUGAGAACAAAGCGAAGAUGUUGCAAAUGUUGACUUGAAUUUUAACAAUAAACAAUGUCGACUUUAAG